GCUAUUCGGAGACUUAUUGUGCUUCUACACAUGCACAAAUGGAAUCCCCGGUUCGAUCGAACAAGAUCGGGGAUUCGGAGUCCACACUACGCGUGAUGAAUUGGUAAUCGACGACUCCCAGUCUCCACGGUGCCUCGGUGUGAAUGCUGGACAUCCUCCCUCCCCCUCGGCCCUUACCUCGCGCAUGCGUGGUGCUUCAUGGUAUAUAAAUAUAAUUCCAACUCCCAUAUUCUAUACACCAACUCUUACGAAGCUCUUUCCAUGACCAAUACUUACCGGACCAAGCUUGAACAUAACAACUCACAACCAAUCCAUCUGAAUAUACAUCAGCCAAGAUGAAGGAAGCUAUCGUAGCCGACGGACCCAAAGUCCAGAUCAUCGACUCCCCCAUCCCCUCACCCAACGACGACCAAGUCCUCAUCCGCGUCAUUGUCAGCGGCUGCAACCCCAAAGAUUGGAAGCUUCCAGGCAUGAUGCCUGACAAGCCCCCCCUCAACCAAGGCGACGACAUUGCCGGCAUCGUCGAAAAAGUCGGCUCGCGCGUAUGGGAGUUCAAACCCGGUGACCGUGUCGCCGCAUUCCACGAGAUGUUGACCCCCCACGGCAGCUGGGCCGAGUACGCCGUGGCAUGGCAACACACCACCUUCCACAUCCCCAAGGAAACCAGCUUUGAGGAGGCCGCCGCUCUGCCGCUUGCAGCCAUGACCGCCGCCGUCGGUCUCUUCUCCCGCUUGGGCUUGCCGGAGCCGUGGGUCAAGGCCGUUUCGGAUGAGGAGCGCCAAAACACCCCGCUGGUCAUCUACGGCGCUUCGUCGGCUGUCGGGUACUAUGCCUUGCAGUUGGCCAAGCGGAGUAACAUCCACCCUUUGAUCUGCAUCGCCGGGCGCGCAGGUGGCGAGCGCAUUGCGCCGCUUUUGGACCAGGACAAGGGCGAUGUGCUGAUUGAUUACCGCGAGGGCGAGCAGGCGGUUGUUGAGGGCAUCAAGAAGGCUUUGAACGGCAGGCCGUUGCUGCACGCUCUGGACGCGGUGUCAGAGAAGGGAACGCCGGAGCACCUGGCGCAGGUGCUUUCGCAGCCGGUGAAGAAGGGGGAUAAAGAGGUGAGGGCCAAGGCAACUUUUGUCUUGUUUGGUAAGAUGGGUGUGCCUGAUUUUGUGGAGCAGAGUACUACUCUGGUUGGUAGCGUGCACCAGGAUGAGAAGGACUUUGGCUAUGUUUGGUAUCGCUAUAUGGCGAGGGGAUUGCAGGAGGGCUGGUUUAAGGCACAGAGGACGGAGGUGCUCCCGGGAGGAUUGGCGGGCGUGCAAGAGGGAUUGGAGAGGUUGAAGGAUGGAAAGGCGAGUGCAGUGAAGUAUGUUUAUCGGAUUCAGGAGACGGAAGGGGUUGAGAGGAGCGAGGAGUGACAAAGCAGAAGCUAUAGAGUUCUGUGUCAAGUCAGUUGUGGAUGUUAAUGUAUUGAAUGGCCAGUUUCCUGCAAUAUGUGUAUGACGUCUUAUCCGACGUUUCAAUACAGCGAGUACAUGAU